GCUGGGGCGCGGCGCUCGGGCCGGGACGAUGGGCUGUGGCGGUGCAGCCCGCGCGCAGCCGGCGGUGUGGCCUCUUCCUAUCUGAUGCUGGAGACGACAACCUAAUGAUCAUCUGACAACUGUCCACUUCAAUGCGCAGGAAGCGGAUGGCAAUGUCCCAGACACAGGAUUACGAAUGCAGAAGCCACCAUGUCGAUGGGCAGGAGCCCAGGAUUCCAGGGUCGAACACCAGGUUGGAAUGGGUGGAGAUCAUCGAGCCACGCACACGUGAGCGCAUGUAUGCCAACCUGGUAACAGGUGAAUGCGUGUGGGACCCACCGGCUGGUGUCCGCAUAAAGCGCACCAGUGAGGACCAGUGGUGGGAGCUCUUCGACCCUAGCACAUCGCGCUUCUACUACUACAGCGCCGCCUCGCAGCGCACUGUGUGGCACCGCCCACAGAACUGCGACAUCAUCCCCCUGGCCAAGCUGCAAACACUGAAGCAGAACACUGAGUCCCCUCGAGCCUCUGCGGACAGCAGCCCAGGACGUGGUAGCCGCGAUGGCAGCACUGGCUCCUCACUGGAGCCUGAGCCUGAGGAGAGGGUUCAGGAACUGUCUGCCCGGGGCGGGAGGUCAGCAACCUUGGGCACCACUAAAGAGGAGAACAGCAGUUCUUCACCACCGAGUAUGCUCCUGGAGAAGGACUAUGAGGUUUACCGGGAUUACAGUGCCGAUGGCCAGCUGCUUCAUUACAGGACCUCCUCACUGCGAUGGAACUCGGGUAACAAGGAGCGUAUGCUCAUCAAAGUGGCUGACCGUGAGCCCAGCUUCCUUGCCCCUCAGGGCAAUGGCUACCCCUCCGAUGGACAGCCUGGAGGCCGCCCCCGCAGACCCUCUGGCAGCCAGCACUCACCCAACCUACAGACCUUUGCCCCUGACCCGGAGGGCACCGUCUUCUUUCCAGAAAGGCGGCCCUCACCCUUCUUGAGAAGGUCUGAGUUGUCUGGGAGCUGUUCGCCGCUGCUAGUGCAGCCCCGAAAGCCUUCCAGUGACUCACAGCCCUCCUCCCCUCGCUACGGCUAUGAGCCCCCACUGUAUGAGGAGCCCCCUGUAGAAUACCAGGCUCCCAUUUAUGAUGAGCCCCCCAUGGAUGUGCAGUUUGAGGCCAGUAGCCCCUACCAUACUGGCUCACCACAGAGAUCACCAGGCCGCAAGAACCGGCCAUUCCUGCAGGCUGCCAAACAGACCCCAACCUCCCCCUGCCAGCAGCUGGUACACACCAAGCAGAAGUGCCCAGAGCGCUUCUUGAGCUUGGAGUACAGCCCUGUGGGUAAGGAGUAUGUUCGGCAGCUGGUGUACGUGGAGCAGGCAGGUUCCAGCCCCAAGCUUCGAACUGGGCCCAGGCACAAGUAUACACCCAACCCAGGUGGUGGCUCCUACUCCCUGCAGCCUAGCCCAUGCCUGCUGAGGGACCAGCGCCUGGGGGUUAGGUCUGGAGACUACAGCACCAUGGAAGGGCCUGAGCCACGCCUGGGUCAGCCACCCACACCACUGCCCCAAGCCCAAGAGGAUGCCAUGUCUUGGUCCAGCCAGCAGGACACCAUGUCUUCCACAGGAUACUCCCCAGGCACACGCAAAAGGAAAAGCAGAAAGCCCUCUCUGUGCCAAGUCCCUAGCACCUCCUCCACUGAUGGCCCUGGGGACCUGCUGGGUGAGCAGCCCCUGGCUGAGGAGCACUCCCCAUGUGGGUCCAGCUUUACUCCAAUGAAGGCUGAGGUAGACCUGGUGCGGGGUGCAACUGAGCCCUUCCUGGCACAGGCCCGACUGGCCUGGGAGGCACAGCAGGCCCACUUCCACAUGAAGCAGAGAGGAAGCUGGGAUUCCCAGCAAGAUGGCUCUGGCUAUGAGAGUGAUGGUGCUGUGCCCCUGCCCAUGCCCGGGCCUGUGGUACGAGCCUUCAGUGAGGACGAGGCACUGGCUCAGCAGGACAGCAAGCACUGGAAGCGGAGCACCUUUGAAAAGCUUGGCUUCCCCCAGAUCCUGCUAGAGAAGAGUAUUUCUGUGCAGACCAACCUGGCAUCACCGGAGCCUUACCUUCACCCCUCACAGUCCGAGGACCUUGGUGCCUGCGCCCAGUUUGAGAGCAGCCGGCAGAACCGCAGUGCACUACCCAGCUCCAGCUGUGUCUUCCCCACCUUCACAUUGCGCAAGCCUUCCUCGGAGACAGACAUCGAGAACUGGGCCUCCAAGCACUUCAACAAGCACACUCAGGGCCUCUUCCGGCGGAAGGUGUCCAUAGCUAAUAUGCUGGCCUGGAGCAGUGAAUCCAUCAAGAAGCCCAUGAUUGUGACCAAUGACCGGCAUGUAAAGAAGGAAGCCUGUGAGAUCUUCAAGCUGAUCCAGAUGUACAUGGGUGACAGGAGGGCCAAGGCGGACCCACUGCAUGUGGCCCUGGAGAUCGCCACCAAAGGCUGGAGUGCACAGGGCCUGCGUGAUGAGCUAUACAUUCAACUGUGUCGGCAGACCACUGAGAACUUCCGCCUGGAGAGCCUGGCCCGUGGCUGGGAGCUCAUGGCCAUCUGUCUGGCCUUCUUCCCACCCACACCCAAGUUCCACUCCUACCUAGAGGGCUAUAUCUACCGGCAUAUGGAUCCUGUUAAUGACACCAAAGUGACACAGCACAUAAAAGAGCUUCUGGAAAGGAACAGUAAGAAGAAGUCCAAACUGAGAAAGAAACCCAAGCCUUAUGUUGAAGAGCCAGAUGGGGUGGCAAUAAGCACCUAUGCCAAGUACUGUUACCACAAGCUACAGAAGGCAGCCCUGACUGGGGCCAAGAAGGGGCUGAAAAAGCCCAACGUGGAGGAGAUCCGGCAUGCCAAGAAUGCUGUAUUCAGCCCAUCCAUGUUUGGCAGUGCACUGCAGGAGGUUAUGAGCAUGCAAAAGGAGCGCUACCCUGACCGGCAGCUGCCCUGGGUUCAGACAAGGCUCUCUGAGGAAGUGCUGGCACUCAACGGUGACCAGACUGAGGGCAUCUUCAGGGUUCCGGGGGACAUUGAUGAGGUGAAUGCCUUGAAGCUGCAGGUGGAUCAAUGGAAAGUUCCUACAGGCUUGGAGGACCCCCAUGUUCCCGCGUCGCUGCUGAAGCUAUGGUACCGGGAGCUGGAGGAGCCUUUGAUACCCCACGAGUUCUAUGAACAAUGCAUUGCGCACUAUGAGAGCCCGGAGGCUGCCGUGGCCGUGGUGCAUGCUCUGCCGCGCAUCAAUCGCAUGGUGCUGUGCUACCUCAUCCGCUUCCUCCAGGUGUUCGUGCAGCCAGCUAACGUGGCCAUUACCAAGAUGGACGUCAGCAACCUGGCCAUGGUGAUGGCACCCAACUGCCUGCGCUGCCAGUCGGAUGACCCGCGCGUCAUCUUCGAGAACACGCGCAAGGAAAUGUCUUUCCUGCGCGUGCUUAUCCAGCAUCUAGAUACCAGCUUCAUGGAGGGCGUGCUAUAGCACGCAGGCCACAGACGUGGGCUGGGGCGGCGCACGGGGAGGGGGGAGGGACGGCCCCAGCGCAGGGCAGCAUGCCAAGCCCCGCCAGACGCCCGCCCCGCCCCAGACCCGCCUGGGCAGAGCAGUCGCGCCCCACCUCGUGGCCGGAUCUUCCGGGCACCGGCUCGCCUCGCCGGCCGCGGACCAGCCCCGAGAAGUGCCUUCUGUUAACCGGAGCCGAGCGACACUGCCCUCCCGGCCGGCCGAAGCACACGCCGCGCUGCCCUGAGCGGCACAACCCGGACCCCCUCCAGGGUCGUCCAUUUCCUAGAUAGUCUCGCUCCGAUCUCGUGCUCCAGCUCGGGGGCCUUCAGGAGGGUUGGGGGCCUCCGGAGAGCUGCUCUGACCACUAACAGGACUCAACCCCGCCGUCUCAGGGUCUGGCAGCUCUCGGUUGGCAGGGAGACCCCAAACCAAAGUCCUCCAGGGUGGGGGCAGGGCUAAGCAGGCGUCCUUGGGGUGGGGGGGGCGAGAGGUUUUGGUUUGUUUGUGGUUUUUUGUGGGGGGUUGUUUGUUUUUUGGUGUAUGAGAGUCCAAAAUUUAUUCCCUCACCCAGCCCACCUGUGUAUAGAGAUAAAAGUAGAGCGACAGAUGUUAGAACUAAAUUUACUAAGGACAUAGUUUUAACCAGAUGAUACUUAUCUGAGCUGUCACCGUCCUCUGUGCUGAGCAAGUUAGCACCACCUCCUCCGACUUCGCAGCCUCCGACCAAACCCCACGCCCUGGAGGCGAGCGGACGAGACACAGACUCCGCCAUUUUACAUUCUGGAGUAUAAGUUCCAACUGUGGUCAUACUUAAUUUCUCCCGUUUUAUAUAUAUAUUUUUUAGAGUUUUUAUUUAUUAUUAAAAACAAAGGCUGGGGCCCGCGGGCGGUCGGGUCACACAGGCCCUCUGGCGCAUGGACCGAGGCGACGGCGCUUCGUGGGAAUAAAGUUCAUGUGUACACUC